GAGGAAAAGAAUGGGAAGUAAAAAAAAACAAGGGUUUCAUUGAUACUGUGUUUCAAUGGUCUCUUGAAGACAUUGAAUGACAAUCUUUACAAGGAUCAGGUGUGCUUGCUUUCUUCUCCAUCAUCAUUGAAUCUUUGAUGUCUAUUUUCUUUUUCAUAUUCUUUUAUCAGUGCAAAUAUGAGAAAAGUGGAUGGGUUGCAUAGGUUUAAACUCUGGCCUCUGAUGCUGAUUUAGCACAACCUUGCCGCUAUGAACUGUGGCUUUGUUGGAGAAGUUCCUUUUCUUUAUCAAACUUUAUUUGCAACUUUUGGUAUAUACACUUAUUAAGGAAGUUGAAACGUUUGCUCUUAUAUAUAAAGAGAAAAAUAGCUGUAGUAGUUUUUUGGAAUAUUCUUUCUUCUAUGGAUUGUGAGUGUUUUUUUCUCCUCAUUAUUCUGUAUUCUAUCUUAUGUAUUUCUUGCUUUUACGCCAUGGUAAAAGAUACAAGAGAUUUUGUUAUAGGACUAGUCUGCCAAAAUGUUUGUCUGAAUCAAAGGUUUAAACCAUUUUAACUUUUUCUUCUCUCUCAACCCCGAGUAUGCUGACUGUUUUGGAUUCAUUUGAUCUCAAUUGCAACAGUUGAAAAGGAUUCCAGUUUCAUUUCAGUCAAUGAAACAAUAUUUUGGGUCGUAUUGACAUACCUUAAUGUGUAUACGUCACAUGGAACAUUGUAUUAUGAUGUGGAUGUUGAUUACUGGAAAAACAAAGAUCAUCGGAAGAAAUUAUACAAAACAUUGCCUGGAGAUGUUUUCGUGAUAGCAGAUGUGAAACCCCAAACCACUUCUGAUUUACAAAGUAUAUACAGAAGUAGAACCUGGACUUUUUCCCUUGUCACAAGAUUUGGCAAGGACAACAAUGAUGAUAAUAGCUCAGCCACUUCCUUCAGAGUGAAAGCAUCGCAAGACAUUGUUUCUAAAGAUGAAAUGCAGAAAUCACCAUUUGUUGUUCACCUGACAAACGUAACCACAAACACCCGAAUGUGGAAUGCACUGCAAAAGAAGAGAAACUUGAAGUUUAUUAAAGAAGUUUUGUGCACUGAUCAAAUGGUAUGGAAUCAAAUGACAUCAAUGUUUGAUAUUUGCUUCUGUGAAUGUGACGUUAUACUGGAUAAUUUGGUAUUGCUUUUCAUCGUUAGUGGUUACUUAUGAUGCAAGUGGCCAUCCUUACUAUGCAUCAUGCAAUAUGUUCAUUCUUUGUGUUAACUUGAGACAUUGCGUGUGUCCAACGCGAUUAAUGUACCAUGAGUCUUGCAUUUCACUUUUUCUAUUCAUUUUUCAUGUUUGUAUAACCCUUCCUUUUCCAUAAAAUUUAUUGUUAUUACUUGAGGACAAUAUUUGAGAAAUUUUAUCAAAUUUCAUGUUGUAUGCGGGGAGCUGAAAGAUGCAGUCUUUGUUCUUCAGAGGUUGGUGCAAACUGGAAUGAUGUUUUUCUGACAAGUUUUCUAUCUAAAAUGAAUGAAUCUAAAAAGAAGUCAGUGUUGGCUUGUCUCAACAAAAUGCAGUGCAACCCCAAGUCUCAGGUGGAACUUAUUUGGGUCCCCCCAGGAAUUGGGAAAACUAAAACUGUAAGCGUGCUGCUGUUUGCACUGUUGAGAGUGAAAUAUAGGACAUUCAGUUGUGCUCCAACAAAUAUUGCAAUUACAAAAGUAGCUGCACGUGUGUUAAAGCUGGUAAUAGAAGCCAACAAAACAUGCUCUGUAGCUGAUGAUCAGUUUUGUUCAGUGGGAGACAUCCUCUUAUUCGGGAGUAACGAGAGUCUUAUAGUUGAUUCUGAGACCGAAGAAAUAUUUCUAGAUUAUCGUGUAAAAAGGCUUAGAGAGUGCUUUGGGCCUCUAGGUUGGCGGCACCGUUUUACUCCAAUGAUAACAUUUCUUGAAGAUUGUGUCUCUCAGUACCGUAUUUUCUGGGAAAAUGAAGCCAUCAAAAGGAGGACACAUGGUAGUGAACAUGAAAACCGGAGGAAAGAAUCUGGCAGUGAGACUGACUGUAAGAAGGGAGACUCAAAACAUUCCUUGAAUAUGCAAGAGAAAGAUUUGCCCCUACAGCAUUACAAUGCCCUGUGUGAUUCUCUUAGUGAACUUAAACUGCCACAUGCAAGGAAUGACAAAUCCUUAGCACGGUUCUGCUUCCAAGCAGCUUCUUUACUCGUUUGCAGUGAAUGCAGUUCUUAUAAACUCUAUAAAGUUAAAAUGAAGCCCUUAAGUGUGUUGGUAAUCGAUGAAGCAGCGCAGUUGAAAGAAUGUGAAUCGACCAUACCCUUGCAACUGCCAGGGUUAGCACAUUCGAUUCUUAUUGGUGAUGAAUGGCAAUUGCAGGCUACAGUUCAAAGCAAUGUUUCUAAUGAAGCUGGCUUUGGAAGAAGUUUAUUUCCAAGGUUGACUACUUUGGGACAUUCAAAGCACCCACUGGAUAUUCAGUACAGAAUGCAUCCGUUGAUCAGUUGCCUCCUAAAUGCAUGUUUCUAUAAUAACAAUAUCUUGGAUGCAGCUGAUGUUAAGCAUAAGAGUUAUGAAAGACAUUAUCUUCCAUGGCCUAUGUUUGGUCCCUUCUCCUUUAUAAAUGUCUGUGGAAGAGAAGAAGAGGAUGGUUCUUGGUGUAGCCAUAAAAAUAUGGUUGAGGUAGCCGUCUUGGAGAGGUUGGUGCAAACUCUGUUCAAAGGUAAUUACCAUGAAAAGAGGCUCAGCAUUGGCAUAAUAUCUCCCUAUGCUUCUCAGGUUGUUGCAAUUCAGAAGAAACUUGGUAGGAAGUAUGAGAAAACUGAUGGCUUUGCAGUGAAGGUGAAGUCAGUUGAUGGGUUCCAGGGUGGUGAGGAAGAUAUUAUAAUAAUAUCAACCGUGAGAUCCAAUAGUUCGGGAGCAAUUGGUUUCGUAUCCAAUUACCAAAGAGCUAAUGUUGCUCUUACAAGGGUUAGGUUCGUUUCAGUGAUAACUUUAGAAAGUCAUUUGGGAAGGUGAAAUCUACGCAGACCCAGAAAUCAAAGAAGAAUGAGGGAACUUAUUGGAGGCAGCAGUCCUUAAUUCGUUUUGAGGACUAAUCUUUAGAGGAAGAAUCAGGGAAGUUGUUGGGAGGCAGCAAAAGUUGCAAAGUUGAAAGCCGGAAGCAAUCAAUAUCAAACCGUAGGUUUCUCUGGUGAAGUAUUUCCUCCAGCCACUUACGAUGAAGAGACGAGCUCAGAGGUUGUUCCAUCUUCAAGCUCAGUUUCUCUGUCAGAUCAAGACUUGAAUAUGCAGAAUCAAAAUGGCAGUGAUCUGCAGUUUAACCAUGGUCAUUUUUGGGAACUUGUUCAAGCAUUACAGGCAGUGGAUAGUACCAAAGAUCAAAGGACCAUUAUCUCGUAUGUUUCGAAAUUGAGGGUAUAUUUAGGAAAAUUUGUUUUCAUCAUAGGUGCUGGUAUAAAAGAAUGUUUGCAGAAGAAACCUGCAGAUCAAGAAGACAACUUUUCAAGGGACGCAAUCAACAUGUUUGAUUUAAUGAAGCGACUCCAUAGUCAAC